AUGCCUAAUCAAUGCAGCUUUGUGAAAGGAAGACAUAGUUCUGACAACAUUGUUUUUGCUCAGGAAAUUUUCCAUUCAAUGGGAAUAAAGAAAGGGUGGAUGGCCAUAAAGGUAGAUUUAGAAAAAGUUUAUGAUAGGCUUGGCUGGGAUUUCAUAAAAGAUACUCUUCAAGACAUACAGCUCCCAGAAGAUCUUAUCAAUCUAAUCAUGAAGUGUAUAUCUACUGCAUCUAUGAAUGUUUUGUGGAAUGGAGCUACAACCAGAGAAUUCAAUCCUUCCAGAGGAGUAAGGCAAGGGGAUCCUAUCUCAUCUUAUCUGUUUGUUCUUUGUAUUGAACGGGAACUUAGCAAUGAGCUGGGUUUUAGCUUAACUGGGGACUUGGGAAAGUAUCUUGGAGUGAACCUUCAUCAUAAGAGGGUAACCAAAGGUAGCUUCAGCCACAUUAUAGAAAGGGUGAACAGGAAAAUGGGAGCUUGGAAGAGAAGAUCUCUAUCACUUGCUGGAAGAAAUGUGUUGGCCCAAUCGGUACUAUCAGCCUUGCCUAUGUAUGAUAUGCAAACAAAUCUUCUCCCCUUGGGAAUCUGUGAUAGUAUGGAAAAGAUUACUCGUGGCUUUUUGUGGAACUCUGGUGGGAGUGGAAACAGCCCUCACAAUGCCACUUGGCCAAAGGUGUGGCCUGAGAUUAAAAAGCAUACCAGAAUCAUGGUGAGAAAUGGUGAGGACACGAAGUUCUGGCUGGAUAACUGGCUGCCUGAUAUGGGAUGUAUCAAAGAUGUAGUUGAUGUUGACAUUCUUGAUCAUAUGAUCCAAGGUAAAGUUGCUGAGUUUGUUACCUAA